UUCCUGAGCCGGGACCGGGGCCGGGCCCCGCCGCCAGGGGGCCCCGUCCCGGACUACAACUCCCAGCGUGCCCCGCGCCGCCCGCCGCGCCGCAGUGACGUCACCUAGCGACGGGCAGAGCAGCGCCGGGCCUGGGAGCGCUGCAGGCCGCCAUGACCAAGCUGGCGCAGUGGCUGUGCGGGCUCGCCCUGCUGGGCUCGGCCUGGGCCGCCCUGGCGCUGUCUCCGCCGGGCCUGCGGCUACCGGCGCCGUACCGCCAGGCCCUGCUGCCGCUGCCCGCCUACCUGCUGGUGGCCUUCGGCUGCUACGCGCUGGCCACCGUGGGCUACCGCCUGGCCACCUUCAACGACUGCGAGGAAGCGGCCGCCGAGCUCCGGGAGCACAUCAGCGCAGCGCGGGAGGACCUGCGGCGGCGGGGGCUGCGCUUCUGAGCACAAUAAAGACGACAAAGUGUGCCUA